AUGUUGGAGUGCAUCGGUGCAGGUGUAAGCCGCGGAAAUGAUAACUCUGGCGAUUUCGUUGAAGUUUUCUACUCGAGCGACAUCAAACACGAGAUGGUCAUGCAAUUAUCGUCAGAUGGUGUGGCUGUGCCAAUGCCUGGAUCAAGUGCCGUGGUGUUUGGAAAGAAGCGAGCAGCGAGUUCUUUGACGCAGAUGAAGGCUUUGGCGAGACGUUUCAUUGACUUGUACUGGCGCACACCGUCCACGAAUCUCACGAGACUAGCGAUCAUGCCACUUGUGGCCUUAGUCUUUGGUCUAGUCUACCUCGGCACCGACUACACGUCGUACCAAGGCAUCAACGCUGGCGUGGGCAUGAUUUUCCUCACCUCCUACUUCACUGGUGUGGUAUCUUUCAACAGUGCAUUGCCAAUUACAUCCGAAGAUCGACCAGCAUUCUACCGCGAGCGCGAGGCACAAACGUAUAGUGCAUUUUGGUACUUUAUCGGCUCUACGGUGGUCGAAAUCCCUUACGUCUUCGGGUCGAUGCUGCUCUACACCGUCAUUUUCUACUGGAUGGUGGGUUUCAGUGGCUUCGGUCUCGGACGCCCCCUACCUCAAAUGGAGGUGAGAGUCAAGAACCUCAGCGUCUCGGCCGACGUCGUCGUGGGUCAACACGAGGACGGACGAGAGCUGCCCACACUCACGCACACCAUUAAGACGGCAGCUCUCAAACUCUCGUCCUCGAAGCAUGUGGUGCACAAAACCAUCGUGCGCAACUUCAGUGGCGUGUUUGAGCCCGGUACGAUCACGUUGGUACUUGGCCAGCCGAGCUCUGGCAAGUCCUCGUUGAUGAAGGUGUUGAGUGGACGUUUCCCUCAGGAGAAGAGAGUGACGGUGGAGGGGGAGAUCACGUACAACGGAGUGCAGCAGCAUGAGUUGGGUAGUCGGCUACCACAGUUCGUGUCGUACGUGGACCAACACGACGUGCACUUCCCGACGCUCACUGUCAAGGAGACGCUCGAGUUCGCCCAUGCUUUCACUGGUGGUGAGCUGUUGCGUCGGGGCGAAGAACUACUAACAAAAGGCUCUGUGGACGAAAACUUGGAGGCGUUGAAGACCGUGCAAACGUUGUUCCAACACUACCCUGACAUCGUGAUUGAACAACUGGGACUGCAGAAUUGUCAGAAUACCAUUAUUGGCAAUGGUAUGUUGCGUGGUGUUUCAGGAGGAGAGCGUAAACGUGUGACGACUGGCGAGAUGGAGUUUGGCAUGAAGUACAUGACGCUCAUGGACGAGAUCAGUACGGGACUCGACAGUGCCACAGCCUUCGACAUUAUCACAACUCAACGCAGUAUCGCUAAAACACUAGGCAAGACAGUGGUGAUCUCGCUGCUGCAGCCAUCGCCUGAGAUCUUUGAACUCUUCGACAAUGUGUUGAUCCUAAACGCCGGUGAGGUCAUGUAUCACGGACCUCGAGACCAAGCACUGCCUUACUUCGAGAGUCUGGGAUUCCAUUAUUUCCUGCUGGAUCUGGGCACGAAUCAGCAGACCAAGUACCAGGAUACUCUGCCUGCAGGCAUGACCAAGCACCCUCGUUGGCCUGCCGAAUUCGGACAGAUUUUCCAGGAAUCAAGGAUUUAUCACGACACGCUUGUUCGCCUUGAAGAGCCAUUCCGACAAGAACUGAAAGAGAACGUGAAGACGCACAUGGAUUCUAUGCCAGAAUUCCACCAGUCGUUCCAGGAGAACACAUUGACAAUCUUCAAGCGGCAAAUGAUGAUCAUGUUGCGUAACGUCGCCUUUAUCCGAGGAAGAGGCUUCAUGGUCAUUCUGAUUGGACUUCUGUACGGUAGUACGUUCUACCAAUUGAAGGUUACGGACGCCCAAGUUGUAAUGGGCGUCUUGUUCCAAGCUGUUUUAUUCCUCGGACUGGGCCAAGCUGCGCAGAUCCCCACGUACUGUGACGCUCGCCCCAUUUUCUACAAGCAACGUGGCUCCAAUUUCCUGCGUACAACCGCCUACGUCCUUGCCAAUUCAGUCAGCCAAAUUCCAUGGGCCGUCGCGGAGACGAUCGUGUUCGGUUCGCUCGUCUACUGGAUGUGUGGACUCAAGUCAUCCGUCAAGGCCUUCGUGAUCUUCGAGAUCCUGUUGUUGUUGACAAUUCUGGCCUUUGCGGCCUGGUUCUUCUUCUUGGCAGCUAUCUCUCCAAACCUCCACAUUGCCAAGCCAUUGUCGAUGGUAUCUGUGCUAUUCUUUGUGGUCUUUGCGGGAUUCGUCGUACCGAAGAGCGAGAUGCCGGGCUAUUUCAUUUGGAUUUACUGGAUCGAUCCCAUCGCGUGGUGUCUUCGUGGCAUUGCUGUGAACCAGUACCGCUCGGAUGAGUUCGAUGUGUGCGUAUACGGCGGCGUUGACUACUGCAGCACGUAUCAGAUGAAAAUGGGCGAGUACUUCUUGUCGCUGUACGACGUUCCGUCAGCCAAGAGCUGGGUGUGGCUUGGAAUGGUCUUCCUGCUCGUGACAUACGUCGUGUUCCUGGUCUUCGGAGUAUUGGUGCUUGAGUACAAGCGCUAUGAAAGCCCUGAACAUAUUACGUUGACUGCUGAGAACACCGAACCCGUUGCUACUGAUGACUACGCACUUGCAACGACGCCCACCAGCGGACGAAAGACUCCAGCUACGGGUAACGACAACGUCGCACUCAAUGUGCGAGCCACCACCAAGAAGUUUGAGCCUGUUGUCAUCGCAUUCCAGGACUUAUGGUACUCUGUGCCAGAUCCUCACAACCCGAAGGAAUCGCUUACACUGCUCAAGGGUAUCAGUGGAUACGCUAUGCCGGGUUCCAUUACGGCUCUCAUGGGAUCUACGGGUGCUGGUAAGACGACUCUCAUGGAUGUCAUUGCUGGCCGGAAGACGGGAGGUACCAUUCAGGGCAAAAUUCUGCUCAAUGGCUACGAAGCGAGCGAUCUGGCUAUCCGACGAUGCACAGGUUACUGCGAACAAAUGGAUAUCCACUCGGACGCGUCGACUAUCCGCGAAGCAUUGGUCUUCAGCGCCUUCCUGCGUCAAGACAGCUCGGUACCAGCCAGUCAGAAGUAUGACUCAGUGGAGGAAUGCCUCGAACUUCUGGAUCUACAGAGUGUAGCGGACGAGAUUGUGCGUGGCAGCCCAACAGAGCGCAUGAAGCGUCUGACGAUUGGUGUGGAGCUUGCCGCUGACCCGAAGGUAUUGUUCCUGGAUGAGCCUACUAGUGGACUGGAUGCACGCUCAGCCAAGCUCAUCAUGGACGGCGUUCGUAAAGUUGCAGACACAGGUCGCACCAUCGUGUGUACGAUCCACCAGCCUUCCACCGAGGUGUUCAUGCUCUUCGACAAGUUAUUGCUGCUAAAGCGUGGAGGUCAGACGGUGUACUUCGGUGACCUGGGCAAGCGUGCGCAGACCAUGGUGGACUACUUCGCGAUUCCGGGCGUGACACCUCUUCGUGAGGGCUACAACCCUGCUACGUGGAUGUUGGAGUGCAUCGGUGCAGGUGUAAGUCACAUGCACGACAACCCGGUGGACUUCGUUGAAGUUUUCAACUCCAGCGAGAUGAAACAGGAAAUGGACGCACACUUGGCUUCCGAGGGUGUGACUGUACCAGUUCCUGGAUCCACAGAGCUCGUGUUCGCGAAGAAACGUGCAGCGAAUUCUUGGACACAAAUGACGGCUCUGGUGGAGCGAUUCAUGAACUUAUACUGGCGCACACCGUCGUACAACCUGACUCGAUUUGCAAUCGCACCGCUUCUUGGCUUGCUGUUCGGCUUGAUUUACGUGAGCGUGUCGUACACCUCGUACCAGGGAGUCAACGCCGGUGUCGGUAUGGUAUUCAUGACGACGCUAUUCAAUGGUGUGGUAGCCUUCAACAGUGUCCUACCCAUUACGUCUCAAGACCGCGAGGCAUUCUACCGUGAGAGAGCAGCACAAACGUACAACUCACUCUGGUACUUCGUGGGUUCUACCGUGGCUGAGGUUCCCUACGUCUUCGGUUCAAUGCUGUUGUACACGGUCAUCUUCUACUGGUUGGUGGGCUUUUCCGGGUUCUGGACUGCUGUUCUCUACUGGAUCAACACGUCGUUCCUGGUUCUGCUGCAGACUUAUCUCGGUCAACUGCUAGUGUACGCGCUGCCGAGUGUGGAGGUUGCUGCUCUGUUGGGUGUCAUGCUCAACUCGAUUCUCUUCCUCUUCAUGGGUUUCAACCCGCCGGCCAACGCCAUUCCGUCCGGUUACAAGUGGCUUUACACGAUCACUCCUCAGCGCUACUCGCUUGCCAUCCUUGCUGCCCUCGUGUUCAGCAAAUGCGACGAUCUCCCCACCUACGACACGGCCACACAGCAGUACGUGAACGUCGGUGGUGAUCUUGGCUGCCAGCCCAUGACAAAUCCGCCUGUGAGCAUCGACCACAUCACCAUCAAGGAAUACGUCGAGUCCGUGUUCGAGUACAAGCACGACGAAAUCUGGCGCAACUUCGGCAUCGUCCUCGCGUUCAUCGUGGGUAUUCGCCUCCUUUCUCUGCUGUCGCUGCGCUUCAUCAACCACCAGAAGAGAUAGAUACAAGUCCACAUGACACCCUUUAAGGCAGUAAUACUUACACAUACAACACGUACCUCUGCACCACUA